AUGGGCACCUCUGUCUUCCUGUGCCUCUUCGUUAGCCUGCUCACCAGGGGCUCCCCAGCAGGGUGUGCUGGAGGUGAGGACAGCUCUGCAUCUCACAGCACAGCCAGCACUGCAGAGAAACCUAUUCUGUUGAACAACAUUGCGGACACUGAAGCCUUCAUCAGUGGUGCGGAGGUGGCGGUCAUUGGAUUCUUCCAGACUGAAGAAGAGUGGAAGAUCCUUAUCUUCAAGUGCAGGCUGGUCUCUGUAGGUUCUGGACACCCAGAAGUGGGGAUUAUGUGGUGGCGGGGAGAGGAUGUCAGUGUCCCAGCGGGUGGGUGUCUCCAUGAGUGCCUCUGGAGGGGGUGCUGGGAGGAGAGGACAGCUGCUACUGGAGGUGUCUUUGCAUGUCUUCAGAUAGACAAUGACCGGAGGGAUGUGGAUAUGAAUGGCAACGAUGUUGAUGCUGAGAAGAUGACUCGUUUCAUUCGGAUGAAUGAGCUCCGCCUGGUGACAGAGUACAAUCCUGUGACAGCAAUAGGUGUGAUGCAGAGUUCACUCCAGCUUCACCUCCUCCUGAUCACAGACAAGAUGUCUCCAAAGCACCCCGAGCACAUGCGCAGAUAUCGGGCGGCAGCAGAGCUCUUCAGGGGGAAGAUUCUCUUUAUCCUGAUAGACAGCAAUCUGAAAAGCAAUGAACGAAUAGUGUCAUUCUUCAAACUGAAGAAGUCCCAGCUGCCAGCUCUGGCUAUGUUCCAUGCACCAGAUGAGGAGCAGGAUGUGUUGACUCUGGAUGAAGUCUCUGUUGAGCAUAUACAGGACUUCUGUAAUCGUUUCUUACAAAGAAUGCAGAAGAAAGAAGACGAACCUGAAGAGAAGGCCCUCAGUGAGGAACUCUGAUUAUUUCUCAGUCAACAGGAUGACUGUGCCUAGAGUCAUCUAUUUCUGGUGUAUGAAGAGUUCACUGAGCCCUGCAGCUCAUGGAUUUCUGGAGUAGUAGGAUUAAGAGGCCAAGUCAGCCAUCUCCAUCUCCAUGUCAUCUCCAUAUAUGCUCUCUGUCCUCUAGGAAUCUCUUCUCCCUUCUCAUUUUUUGGCUUCAGCUCUCUUUUCUUAGUACUCAAGGAGCUCUGGUAUUGCCUUACUCUGUGUCCUUCCAUGCUACCUCUGUUGGAGCAAAGGGUGAUAUAGCAAAACGGCACUAUGGGAGAUAAAGCUUGUAAUUCCCAGAGAGAUCUGUUUCCCUCAUUCUCUUUGCUUUUGGUGCCAUGCUGGGAUCCACUGUCAGCUUCUUCUGACACUAGGAAUAGAUUGGUUGCUUGAUGUCACAUGAACUUUUCCAUUCAUUUUACUAAAUAAAGCAG